AUGGAUGUGGAUGUGGAUGUGGAUGUGCUUGUAGUUUUGGCUUUGGAUGCUGAUCUGGAUAUGGAUGUAGAUAUGGUUGUUAUUUUUUAUGUAGAUGUAGAUAUAAGCGAUGUAGAAGGUAUACAUGUAGACGCUGCUGUGGAUGUGGAUGUGAAUACGGAUGAGAUUGUGGAUGUGGAUGUGGAUAGUUUUUUUCCCACCAAAAUGGAUGCAUCUGAUGAACAUACUUUAGAGAAAAUAAAAAUAGCUAUAAGUCAUCAUAAUUUAGUUAAUCUUGAACAAGCAAUUAGAAAAAUAAAAAAUGUAAAAUCGCUGAAUAAAAUUCGGCGCACUUUUCUUUCGACAGUAGAUCAAGGUAAAUUGGAUGUAGUGAGUAUAUUACUUACACAUGGAGUCAAUGUAAACAGUAGAAACAGCAAAAGGCAGACAGCGUUAAUAAAAGCUUCAGAACAUGAACGUCUGGACAUAGUUAAAUUACUGCUGGAGCACAAGGCUAAUGUGAACUUGGUUGACAAAAACAAAAAGUCGGCUCUGUGUUAUUCUGUAAAAAUGAAAAAUGUUGAGAUUGUGAGAUUGUUAGUAGACAAUGGCGCAGAUGUUAAUUAUAGAUCGUUUACUACACCACUAUAUGAAUCAUGUAAGUGUGGAUGUUUUGAACUUGUGAAAAUUUUGGUAGAAGCAGGAGCUGAUGUGAAUAAAAAAGAUAAUUCAGGAGACUCCCCACUUUGUAAAUCUACUUGUAAUGGAAACCUAGACAUUGUAAAACUAUUGGUAAAAAAAUGCGCGGACGUUAACGAAGGCCUAUCUCCGCCUCUAUUUUACGCUUGUGACAAUGGACAUGUUGAAAUAACAAACUAUUUAAUAGACGCUGGAGCUGAUGUAAAUUUCAUCAAUUCGGAUGGAGAAUCUGUACUCUGUAGAUCUGCUACUAAGGGUCAUUUUGAUAUUGUAAAGCUUUUACUAGAGAGGGGUGCUGAAGUCAACAAUAGAAUAAAUAGAACUGGAGAGACGGCACUUUUAUGUGCAGUUGGGGGAGAUCACUCUAGCAUUGUAGAAUUGUUACUUCAGUAUGGAGCCGAUGUAAAUAUGGUUGACGGAGAAAGAAAUAACGCGUUAGGUAUCGCAUUAAACGGUGAGAAUGUAAUAAUAGCUGCAAUUUUACUACAGUAUGAAAGUAGAACAUAUACUGUUAAUAGUUGCUAUGUACGCAGUGCAUAUUCAAGUUUAAACCAAACAAAUAAAUCUGGUCGGAAUGUUUUGAUGUUAGCUGCUAUGAAAGGUUUUUACAGUAUAGUAAAUGACUUGCAAAAACAGAGCGAUCUCUCUAUAUUUGAUGUCGAUGGCAAUACAGCUUUUAUGUUAGCAGCCAUGAAUGGUCACCUGGACAUUGUAGAGUUACUGUAUGACGGUACUGUGGAUGUUAACUUUAAAGGACAAAACGCUCUCAUGUUAGCAGCUAUUGGUGGACAUGUUACAGUUGUGGAGUGGCUGAUUUCUAAAGGGUUUGAUGUCAACAAAACAGAUCACUGUGGUAACACAGCUCUGAUGCUGGCUGAUAAACCAGAGGUUGUUGAGGUGUUGUUAAAAUAUGGAGCAGAUGUUAAAGUGUGGAAAGAUGGAAGAAAUGCACUGAUGGAACUUUUGUCAAAGAAUUAUUUUACAUCUCCGCCUUAUCAGCACUACAUCUCAAAUAAUUUUGUAAUUUCACAACAAACAGUUAUGAAAAGGUUAUUACUGCUGACUAACGAUUUAAAUGCAAAAGAUAACAAUGGUGAAACAGCAAUUUUAAAAGUGUUAAAAAACAGUACAUAUAAUAAUUUAACCAACAUAAUUUUAGAUCACCAUCCUGAUGUCAAUAUAGUAGACAAUGAAGGUAAUUCACCUCUAAUGCUAGCUGUACAAAAUCAAAGAGUAGAAAUUAUAACACGAAUACUCUCUUGUACACACGAUGUUAAUCAUAAAAACAAGCAGGGUAAAACAGCGCUAAUGUUUGCUGUAGAAAAAAUAUCAUUGGAGCAUGUCAAACUACUUCUUGCCACCAAUCUUGUUGACGUUAAUAUUGUGGACAAUGAUGGUAAUUCAGCUCUUAUGUUGGCUAUAAAGGUAGAGAACGAUAAACCUAGUUUUUUUUACAAUAUUCAUCUACCAAGUGCAAUAAUACAAGAGCUACUUCAUCACGACGCUGACGUCAACCAUGUCAACAACAACAAAACCUCGGUGCUCAUGUUGGCUGUACAGAAGAGAUUUAUACCAGCAGGAAUUUAUAGGGACAUUGACAUGGGGGAUAGUGAAGGGAAGACGGCGUUAAUGUAUGCUGUAGAAACAUGCCGUAAUAAAGAUGUAGUGCGGCAAUUGUUGGGACAUCACAAGGCUGAUGUUAACGUUGUUGAUAAUACAGGAGAAACAGCGCUAAUAAAAGCUGUUAAAAACAGUAAAGAAGAUAAUGUCAAGAUUCUGUUGAAGCAUAAAGCUGACAUUUAUAUCGUAGACAAACAAGGUCGGACGGCGUUAAUGUGGGCUGCUAAAGCAAAAUGUGAUAGUCGCUAUAUGAUCACAUUAUUACUAAAGACUACACGAUUAGACCAAAUCACACAACAGGUCAGUAGUCACAAGUCAGCUUUAGAUCAAACAGACAUUAAAGGAAGAACGGCUUUAAUGUGGGCUACUAAAUGUGGUGACAUAAGAUUCAUGGAAUAUUUGUUGGGAAGAGGAGUUUGUGUUUCACAGAUUGAUGCUGCAGUAAAGAAAAUACUGAUAACAGUAAUAACAAGAAAUAGAUAUGGUAAUGGUUUUAAACUAACAGCAUCUGGAAUCAAUUUUAUUUUGAAAUUUGCAUCAAACUACCCAAAUAUGUCGGAGCACAUUUCGAUUAAAUCAAAAAACCUAGAAUAUUUUGAUCUUGCGGAUAAAGAUAGUAACACAUUACUUAUGUUGUAUGCAAAACAUGGCCCAUUUAACUAUGGCAGUUGCAAUACGAAACUCCUUGAAAUAAAACAAGAUGUAAACGCAGUAAACAAAUACAAAAAAACAGCUUUAAUGAUAGCUUUAGAAAACAGAAACUACGAGUUUAUAGAACAAGUCUGUAAACUUUUUAAAGAAGCUGAUGUUGUGUGUCCUAAAGGUAGAACUUUACUCAUGAUGGCGGCACAAGCUGGUUUAGUUGACACGGUGAAAUAUUUGGUCAGUAAGGGGUCAAAGGUCAACCAGGUUGAUAAGAAACAGAGAACAGCACUCAUGUAUGCUUUAUAUUUUAAACCCGUAUUUCGUUGGCAUUACAGCAAAGCGUUGGAACUGAUAGAAUAUUUGUUAUUUCAAGAUGCGGAUGUUAAUGUUUCUGAUUACAAACAUGAAACUAUGCUAAUAAAACUUUUGAAACAUAAAGUCGAUGCUCAUCUUUUACCUGUCAUUAAACAGUUGCUAAACAAAAAUGCACAAACUAAUGUCAUGGACCGAGAAGACAGAUCUCCGCUAAUGUUAGCCAUUAUACAAUUAGGUCUGAAAAAUCAACGACAAAACAAAGGAUCUACUGAUAAAAACAUACAACCGAUUAUUAAAGAGCCCAAUCAGAUAGUGCACCUCUUGUUAGAGAAAACUGAUGACGUCAACACUACAGACAACAAGGGCAACACAGCUCUGAUGCUGGCAUCUAAAUAUGGGUUUAACAAUGUGGUCCAGAUUUUAUUAAAGAAGACAAACGACAUCAAUAGGGUCAACAAAAAAGGCCAAACAGCUUAUGACUUGGCAUUAAAAAAUGGACAUUACAGUGUCGUACAGACUUUGGUAGACAUCAAAGCAAAUGCUAACUUAAACGAUAUUUUAGAAUUUGAAUCAGUUUUUUCUGGUUUACACAAGUUACAUGAGAGAUCGGUUUGUAAUAAUACCGCAACUCGUGACGUAGAAUUAUGGACAGCUUUUCUCAAUGAGUUGGCUCAACAGUCAGCUUUAGCCAUAAACAGAGGAAAAAACUCAUCAAGUCAUAUUUACAAUUCUGGUUUGAAUACAUGGACAAGACACACGCCUUCUAACCUUGUUCAAGAUAGUAACUCAAGGAUAUUUAAUUUCAAAGAUUUACUGAACAAGAUUUACGAGGUAUAG